AGAUCCCGAGCGCCGACCCCGCACAGGCGCCCGACUGGGAUUGGGGCGGGCGGUGCACGUGUGUUGUGCAGCCAUACGACAAGCAGCGCACGGGUCUGCCUCUGUCCCUGGGCCGUCCCUGUCCUGCUGUGGAUAAGAGGCGCAACUCUCUCCGAGUCGCGCGACCUGGCCCUCUCUCCGGCAUCCGAGCACCACCGUCUUGGGGCCUUCUGUUUCACGCGUGCGGGUAUAAAGCCUCACCGAACCCAUCAGACUGGUGUUGCAGCCUUUUGCCCCACGGACUACCUCAACUCCAAGCGUGCCAGAUGUCGGACGACGCAGAGAAGCAGACCACGAGGGAGGCCAUCAGCGCGGUGCCCGCGUUGGAUACAAGAGCUACGAGAGAUCCGGAGGACAGCAAGAUGAGCAAGAAGGCCAGGCUCAGCGCGUACUUCACCAUUGCCGCUGCCGCGUUUGGGCUCAUAUCCGAUGGUUAUCAAAACAACCUUAUGACGAUGACGAAUGUCGUGUACAAGAAGCUAUACGCAGCGGAAUACACGUCCACCGUGUCCACCCGCGUCUCGAACGCGCUUCUAGUCGGCGAGAUCAUCGGUCAGGUUUUCGUUGGCUUGAUCUGCGACCGUAUCGGGCGGAAAGCCGCUCUGGUCAUCACGACGCUCCUCAUCGUCAUCGGUGCGAUACUCGCCACGGCUGCACACGGCGCACACGGGAGCGUCAGUGGUUUGCUGUGGUUCGUCGCCAUUGCGCGCGGUAUUACUGGCGUGGGUGUCGGCGGAGAGUAUCCCGCGAGCUCAACAAGCGCAAGCGAGGCCGCGAACGAGAAGAUGGCCAAGAACCGUGGACCAGUCUUCAUCAUGGUCACAAACUUCGUGCUCAGCUUCGGCGGACCGCUCGCGGUGUGCGUCUUCCUGAUUGUGCUCAGCGCGGCAGGCGAGGACCACCUCGAGACCGUCUGGCGAGUAUGCUUCGGGAUCGGCGUCCUCCUCCCGCUCACCGUGUUCUACUUUCGGAUGCGCAUGCUUUCGCCUAAGCUAUUCCGCGAGUCUGCGAUCAAGCACCGCGUGCCCUACUGGCUCGCCAUCAAGCGCUAUUGGCGCCCACUCAUCGGGACGUGCGGCGCGUGGUUCCUCUACGACUUUGUGACCUUCCCAAAUGGCGUGUUCUCGGGUACAAUUAUCUCGAGCGUCAUUCAUGAUGGCAGCAUCAGGUCGACAGCAGAGUGGCAGCUCCUCCUUGGGGCAAUCGCCUUGCCGGGCGUGUUCGUGGGCGCGGCGUUGUGCAAUCCGUUCGGCAGGCGGAAUACGAUGAUCCUUGGGUUCAGUGGGUACCUCGUUUUCGGGCUGAUCAUUGGAUUGUCAUACGACAAGAUCACCAAGAUCGUUCCCUUGUUCAUCAUUUUCUAUGGCUUGAUGCAGUCCUCGGGGAACAUGGGCCCCGGAAAUAUGCUUGGGCUCAUUAGCGCUGAAUCGUACCCAACUGCGAUUCGGGGGACGUGCUAUGGUCUGUCGGCCGCUAUUGGGAAGACAGGCGCGGCCAUCGGCACGCAGGCGUUCACACCAAUCGAGAACAACCUCGGCAAACGGUGGACAUUCAUCAUUGCGGCGAUCUGCGGCGUCGCCGGCGUGCUCGUUACCUAUUUCUUCGUGCCGGACUUGACCGGCGCCGACCUUGCGGACGAGGAUGUGAAGUGGCUCCGCUACCUCGCGGAGAACGGGUGGAACGGCGAGGUCGGUGACGAGGGCGAUGAGGAGGCGCUCGCCGAGAAGAUCAGCGCUGGUAAGGAGGACGACAGCGUCGAUGAGAAGGCGUAGGCACUCGCUGCUGUGUGCCAGAGAGGCUGCCAUGAAGGGGUGACGGUAUGAUUUACGACAUGAUCUAUGAUGUGACGUGUUUGGGCUUGUCAUUUUCAGUGCUAUCUCAAGUGUUGCUGUAGCAUACUGUGUUGUAGGUAUCCUUUCUUGGUACAACAUGACCGGCUCCGUAGGCAUCUAAACUAAACUCACAUAAGAGCCAAGUUACACAUGGACCGAAACACCUGCUGUGUACCUCCGGUGUUCAUCGACUGUUGCUUGUUGUCACGCGCAAGAGACAAUAGAUCUAAAUAGACUACGAAUGACUGC